UUGGCACAACAGACUCAAAGAGGCAGCAGCAGCUCUCGUUCGCGCCUUUUUUCUCUCGAUAAACAAAACACCCGUGAAUUUAGUGAGUUGAAUUCCUGUACAACCUCUUCAACCUGCGACUACAAACACUAAUUUUUUGGACAUAUUUUUUGCCGAACAGAGACAAAGAUGGUUUUAACAGAAGAAGAAAUCACAAUGCUUUAUAGAGUCCGAAAUACGGUGAUGCAAAUGCUGAAAGACCGGAAUUACUUGGUUGGAGAUUUUGAGAUCAACAUGACAAAAGAACAGUUCAAGGACAAGUAUGGAGAGAACAUGAAAAGGGAAGACCUUAUCAUCAAUAAAACUAAGCGAAGUGACAGCAAUGAUCAGAUUUAUGUCUUCUUUCCUGACGAACCAAAAGUUGGGGUCAAGACAAUGAAGACUUAUACCAACCGCAUGAAGUCGGAGAAUGUGCUCAGAGCAAUCUUGGUUACGCAACAAAGUCUGACGCCCUUUGCAAAGGCCUGUAUCAGUGAGAUAUCCGGAAAGUUCCACUUGGAGGUUUUUCUGGAGGCAGAAUUGUUGGUGAAUAUUAAAGAGCACGUUCUAGUUCCUGAACAUCGAGUGCUUACAAAUGAGGAAAAGAAGACUUUGCUGGAGAGAUACACUGUUAAGGAAACACAGCUCCCUCGGAUUCAGGUGACUGAUCCAAUUGCAAAAUACUAUGGCCUUAAGCGUGCACAAGUUGUGAAGAUAAUUCGACCAAGUGAGACUGCAGGGCGAUAUGUCACCUACCGUUACGUCAUAUAAUACUCUGUCAGCGCGACCUGAUAAUUUUUCAUUCAUGGUUAUGUUGGAAAUGGAGCUCUAAAGCGAGCAGUCGCUGCAAUCGGGAUUUUUUUAACUCAUUUUGUGGAUUCCUCGGUAGUUCAUGUGAUUUAUGUAUGCUCGUAUGGAGCUGUAAUCCAAUUCUAGUUUAUAUAAUUAGUCAUAGCAACUUGCUAACA